AGCACCUCUAGUAAUAUAUUUACUGAGAAAAAUGGUGACGUGUUCAAUACUUAUUUUACCCGCUGUAUAUCUCUGCUGCAUGGACGUUCUGUCGUAGUGCGGUUCACUUCCACAGCUUGGUGUAUUGAAACAAAUGUUAUCGUUUUUUGUUUCCGAUUUUUAUUUGCAUUUGGAUUUUAGCAAGCAGUCUUGCAUAACAAGAAGACAUCGAAAGGGGCACGCAGUUACAUUUCACAUUACACAGAAAAAAACUCUUAGCCUUUGAAAAAUGUCGUAUUAGGUCAUAGUUACCAGAGUGCACACCGUAAACAAGCUGCAGCACUAUAAACUGGUGGUGCAUCGUGCAUUAAAAUUUAAACAUAUUCUGGAGCAGCAUUUCAGAAGCUGCUCGGGACUCCUUAACAUCCCACUUGUGUUUGUGCUGCUCCCACAUUCUGCAUGGAGUCGAGACAAACCGCUGCUUGAGGUAACAUUGACUCUUCCUUUUUAUCUAUUUAUUUAUGUAGUUAUUUUACACCUAAUAUGUGGCAGACACUGGUGACACUUUCAGAAUAUCAACUGCUUUUCUUUAAAACAGUAUGUAAAUAAAUAUAUAAAUAAUACUGUUAGAUGCCUACAAGAGAAUAMUGUAUUAAAUGCUUUUUUUCCCACAAAUGUUACAAAAAUGAGUUUGUGUGACAAAAAUAUUUUGUGUGUUUUACAUUACAAAUCCCUUGAUGCUGACACUUAGGAAGUCAAAAGACCCAGAUGCAACUUGAUUCUUGAGGACACGGAUGUAAAACUCUUAGAUGUGAUCACAUCUGAAAUAUGCUUAUUUCUGUUUUAUUUUUUCUGCAGAAGAAGAGGUCUUUUAUAUUUUCAAGAAGGAGAAGUGAGCAGCCUCAUCAUGGUUUAUGGGCAGAUUCUCCAACAGCCUGAUGACUGCUUCAUUAAUGUAAAUGUUGGAGGAUUCAGGCAGCGCAUGAAUCACGCCYUACUGAGGAGAUUCCCGCAGACCCGUCUUGGUCGCCUGCUGUGCUGCAGCUCCAAAGAGGCCAUCCUGGGACUCUGCGARGACUUCAGUCCCUCUGAAAUGGAAUACUACUUUGACCGCAGCCCGAGUUUCUUUUGCUACAUCCUCAACUUUUACCUGACMGGGAAAAUCCACCUGGUAGACGGCCUGUGCGUGGUUUCGUUUGUCCAGGAGAUUGAGUACUGGGGCAUCAAGGAGCGCCACCUGGACCUGUGCUGCAGCAGCAGAUUCCUGGAACUGAUGGAGCAAACGUGGGAUCAAAGAAGCGAUGACCAGCAGCUCCAGAGCUCAGGCUCUUCUGCUGAGGAGCUUACAGCUUCUGAGGACAACAUGGAGUUAUUUGAAGGCUCCCGCUGUGCGGAUGUUCGCAGAAGRGUUUGGAUUCGACUUGAGAAUCCAGGUUUCUCCACCUCAGCGAAAGUAAUGGCUGCAGCAUCUGUGAGCGUGGUGAUUGUCUCCAUUGUUGCCAUGUGUUUGAACAGCAUGCCAGACUUUCAUCAGCUGGAUUCUGAUAACAAGUACAUUGACAAUCCGGUGUUGGCUUUGUUUGAGAACUUCUGCAUCCUGUUCUUCACUGCAGAGUUCACUCUUCGUUUGGCCGUUGCACCGUCAGCCAAGAAGUUCUUGCUCAGCCCUUUGAAUGUUAUUGAUUUGUUGUCAAUUUUGCCUUUCUAUGUGACGACGAUCUGCGAUGAAAUGAGCACGGAUAAGAACCCGGAGCUGGAGAACGUUGGCAAAGUGAUUCAGAUCUUGAGACUGAUGCGAGUGUUUCGCAUUUUGAAGCUGGCUCGUCACUCAGCUGGGCUCCGCUCUCUGGGAGCCACGAUGCGACACAGCUCCAAAGAAAUGGGCCAGCUGGUGCUCUUCUUGUCCUUGGGGGUUUCUUUGUUUUCUGCUCUUAUUUACUUUGCAGAGAAAGAGUCGAAAGUAUCCGAGCUGCAGACUAUUCCUAUUGGCUGGUGGUGGGCCACCAUAAGCAUGACCACCGUGGGCUACGGGGACACAGUUCCAGUUACUUCAGCUGGGAGGAUGAUAGGAACACUGUGCAUCGUCUGUGGGCUGCUGAUUGUUGCUCUGCCCAUUACCAACAUCUUCAACAAAUUCUCUAAGUUCCAUCAGCGGCAAAGACGCUUUAAUGUCAAAAAGAACGGAACCAUUUAUGAGCAAGAUAAACCCAUUUCCUAAAAUAUUUUCUUAAGAACUUACAGCUCAAAUAAGUCGAUCUUGUUGAAACCUCUUAUGUUGUGUCUGGGUUUGUGUAGAGAUUUGUGUUUUUGUGUCUCACUGGCAGCUGAGAACAUUUAGAAAGCAGCUGUCUGCAACUGCUAACACGCCUCUGGCUUCAGCCAUUAWAUCAAUAUUUAAAUCUGCACUUAGAGACAUUGAGUUCCUCCCUCUGUGACAUCCCUUCACACUUAAAGUCACACAUUAUUGCUUUCAUUUGAUUGACCUGCCRUUCUAAGUAUAAAGACACAGUCAACAGGACCACAUGACUCGGCACUGAGGAGGCAUUGAGCAUAAACUCAAAUUCAUUUGUCCCCACAAAGAACAAGUAYGGUCUCCAAAGGUCUGAGUGGGUCAUGCAAUCUUGUCACCCUUUUUAACAUAAUUUUGAUCCCCUUUUUCUCUGCAAAUAUGCUGGUCAUAAAAUUAGAAUAUCACAAAAAGUUUAUUUAUUUUAGUAAUUCCAUUCAGCCCAUGUUUG